UAGCAGACACAAUUGUAGACAUUCAACCUGCCAAGUGUGGUUGUGGAUGUGGAUAUCAGCGGCCAGGCUGUUAUCUAGCUGCUUGUCAGAUAAUAAUAAUAAUUACAUAUUUAUUGUAGAGUUUAACAUUCCUAGCGCACAAAGCUGAGUGAUGGCGGCUGUAAGGAGUAUGAACAAAAUGUAUGGAGUGUGUUUCCAUGCUGCUCGUCAGACGGCAGGACUGAAAGCAUCGAGGCUGCUCCAACACAGAGGCUUCAGAGUCGGUGCCGUGCACCGACAGCAGCCCAUUGACUCGCUGGAAAAGCCACAGUUCCCUGGAGCCUCAGCCGAGUUUGUGGAUAACCUCGAGUUCAUCCAGCCCAAUGUCAUCUCUGGGAUCCCAAUUUACCGGGUGAUGGACAGGCAGGGCAACAUCAUCAACCCCUCUCAAGACCCCCAGCUCUCCAAAGAGACAGUUUUGAACUUUUAUCAGAAGAUGACUAUGCUGAACACAAUGGACCGCAUUCUUUAUGAGUCUCAGAGACAGGGUCGAAUCUCCUUCUACAUGACCAACUAUGGUGAGGAGGGGACACAUAUUGGCAGUGCAGCGGCUCUCGACCCAAACGACAUGGUCUUUGGUCAAUACAGAGAAGCUGGAGUGCUGAUGUACCGUGGUUUUCCUCUGGAUUUGUUCAUGGCUCAGUGCUACGCCAACGCCGACGACCUCGGCAAGGGCCGGCAGAUGCCCGUCCACUACGGCUGCAAAGACCUGAACUUUGUCACCAUCUCCUCUCCUCUGGCCACUCAGAUUCCUCAGGCGGCUGGAGCUGCGUACGCCAUCAAGAGGGAAAACAUGAACCGUGCGGUCGUCUGCUAUUUCGGAGAGGGAGCGGCCAGCGAAGGGGACGCACACGCCGGCUUCAACUUCUCCGCCACUCUGGAGUGCCCGAUAAUAUUCUUCUGUCGUAACAACGGCUACGCCAUUUCCACCCCCACCAACGAGCAGUACAGGGGAGAUGGCAUCGCUGCUCGUGGUCCCGGUUACGGCAUGCUGUCCAUCCGUGUCGACGGUAACGAUGUGUUUGCUGUGUACAACGCUACAAAGGAGGCGCGCCGCAGAGCCGUGGCUGAGAACCAGCCCUUCCUCAUCGAGGCUAUGACCUACAGAAUCGGUCACCACAGCACCAGCGACGACAGCUCUGCUUACCGCUCGGUGGACGAGGUGAACUACUGGGACAAGCAGGACCAUCCCAUCUCCAGGCUGAGACAUUACAUGACGACCCGCGGCUGGUGGAGCGAGGACGACGAGAGGAGCUGGCGGAAGCAAUCCCGCAAAACAACGAUGGAGGCAUUCGAGAAGGCCGAGAGGCGCCUGAAGCCGAAUCCCGACCUGAUGUUUAGCGACGUGUACCAGGAGAUGACGCCCGCUCUGGACAAGCAGAAAGAAUCCUUAAUGAGGCACGUGCAGCAGUACAAAGAGCACUACCCGCUCGACCUGUAUGAGAAAUAAAUGUGGUGACUAAAUGCGUGAGCGGGUGAGGAUUGAGACUAAACUGUUGCACACCUUUUAAUGUAUUCAUAAAAAUAUAGUUUUGAUAUGACUUGUGUCAUCUCUUUCUGCACAACUGAGGAGAACGAUUGUGCUUUCAAAACUACUGUUCUUCAUGCCUCUGGGUUUGGUGCCUUAAGUUAAUAGAUUUCCUGUCGGUAGCAAAGCUCCUCUAUAAAUGCUAAAUCACGCUUUUUUUUCACUAAUUCCAGUGCAGCAAAAUCAGGUGGUGCAGUUUGACUACAAACACACAAAUUGAGCAAUAAACAGGAAGUUCACCCCUUUUGUGUACGUUCCCUCUCCUGGACCUUACCUCUCCACUGAUUAUGGUAUUUAACAGGUUUCCUUGUGUAUCAUUGAGGUGGCUGACUAACUUGUGUUGAAGAAACUUUCCUCCUUUAUGAAUGGUUUUUUUAGUAUGCACACCCAAAUUUUAGAUGGGUUUGUAUGCUGUAAUGCUGUUACACACUAUGCUAAAUCCCAGAACUGUACACUCGUGAUACAUGUUUGGUGUUUUGUGGAAAAUAAACUAUGAAACUUUCAA